AUAGUCACCGAAAAACAACACAAGCAAUCAAAAUGAAUGAUUUCAAUGAAAUGAUUGACGAGUUUUCUUCAACACUGAAGACAACAACGAAGAAGAAGAAGAAGGACUCGUUUGAUCGUUUCGGCGAUGAUUUGACUGAACUAUUGCUUCAAUAUCUGCCACUUGAAGAUAGACUAAGACUACAAUCGGUGUCCAAACAGUGGUUGGCAUUGAUAUUCAAUACACAAACACAACUGAUAUUUGAUGACAAACUAUUGCAGAAAUUAUUUCUAUAUUACAGACAAACAUAUAAAUUGUUUGAAUCAAUUGUCAAGAAUUGUCCAAACAUUACAACAGUUACUAUAAGUGAUGUCUAUUUUUCAAACAUUUAUUUUGAAUUAUUGAUUAAAUACUGUUGCCGUUUAAGACACUUAUAUAUUAAGCCUAUUAAUAGCUAUCAAUUGUUUACCACUGACCGCAUAAUCAAACAGUUUUGUCACCGAUUUGAUCAACAGUUGCAUACAUUUAAGUUAAACAACUUUGACAGUCAUCUCAAGAGACCAUUGUUUUACAAACUCAUUGAUUGUAUGCCUAAUCUGAAGUCAGUGGACUUCACUGAUAAAAACAAUUUAAAUAUCCAAUUGUCGGAUAUAUUUACUGCCGAUAAUUGUUAUGUUUUACCGAAAUCGUUGCAAUCAAUAAAAUUAAUAUUAAACAACAAUUCAAUGCCACUGUUUGCUAUGUUUGCCGACAUUUAUGGCCAACAAAUAACAUCAUUGAAUCUAACGGUCAGUCGGUUUGGCGAUGACAGCAAUGCACAGAAGUUAUUGUCUACCGGUUUAUCUCAAAUGAAACAAUUAAGACAAUUGAAAAUUGUUUUGAACGCCAAACUAACCGAUGAUUUGUUGGCAGCAAUUGGCCAAAACUGUUGCCGAUUGAAAGUCUUAGAUUUAAUUGUCAGAAAAUAUUCGUCAAAAGUUAGCCCUAUUUUUGAGUCAAUCAACAAACAUAUGUUUCAACAAUUAAGACGACUAUCACUUGAAUGUCUGCCGAAUAAAUCAGAUAAAAUGUUAGUAGUAUUGACCGCCAGUUUGUUAAACCGAUUGACACAUUUGACACUUCGGCGGUUAGAUUAUUCAUAUAUAAUCGGUGACGAGUUUUUUAGUGAUAUUCACUACAAUUUUCCGCGACUACAGUAUAUACACUGUGACGGUGUGUCCAUCACUGAAAAGUCGAUCCAAGCUAUGGGACAGUUGGCUCAUCUGAUGUAUGUUGAUCUCCGGUGUCAUGAAAACAAACUGACAAUAAGUGAAUCCUAUAUUAGACAACAUUUACUAAUUGGUACUAAAAUUAAACAUUUGUUUAUUAAUAUUCAAUAUCCAUAUUCACAUCCGAAUCUACUAUUUAGUUAUGGUUAA